AUGCAGUACCUGCACCAGACUACUACCAGUCCCUACGAAGCCGAGGGGGGGUAUGCCGCGAAGCGAGGCCAUGUCCCAACAUUAUCCAUAAGUGAUGACAACCACCAUGUUACGGAGGCGAUUGGCCAUUUGUACGGCGACAGUUACGAUCGAGAUGCGAGGAGAUUGAGCUUUCUGCCGACACCGCAAGGCGAAACCCUGUCAGUAGCAACGCCGAGUCCAGCCAAUGCAAGUGUAGAUGUCGGGAGAAGGGUAGGCGUCGCUGCGGACAAUACACUCAAGCCAGAAAUCUCAACGCAGCAUACGGUAACGAAGCAACCGUCUUUUGAAAGAGAGGAAUCUUCACCUGUACACUUGGCGCCAACGGAUGCUGCCAACUCUUCAUUUCCGCUAACUGACAUCGACUAUGAAUCCAAUCCUGAUGCCAUUAAACAAGAGUACCAUACCCUCGCUGCUAUUCGAAGAAUGUCGAUGGAUGUUACCGGGGACCCCGAUUUGCCGUCUUAUUCCAAUUUCCAGGUGCCCGCGAUUGCACCAUCCGCGUCUGACGACGAGAAUGAUGCCUCCCGAUUGUUCUGGGUUCCGGCCCGUCUGCAUCCAGAGCUAGCGCCCAAGGAGUUCAAGUCUUUUCUCGAGAGUAGGAAAGAACAGAUACAAAGAAGAUCGGGCGACUACUCAUCCAGCUUGGGCGUCGAGCGAGAGGAUUCGAGAGGAGGUCUACGCCGGAAACGAUCGAAGUUGUCGAGGCAAAUCGAUGAUUCGCAGGAAUACGUUGAUGGCGCGGACCGUCUGGAAAGAAAGCGAGCAGAAGCACAUGACGGGAAAGGAGACACGGCCAGCCCGAAUCUACAAGCAUUGGAGGAGGUUGUGAAUGAUAGGAAGCAAGUGAAUAAAGAGACUCUGGCGCUACUUGGAGGUAUCGAAAAACUCGAUUUAUCGGCAAAUGACGAUAAGCCAAUUCUUCCUGCCGCUCCACCAGGUCAUAGUCUCAAACGAUCUACGAGAACUCAGUACCGGAAAGGAAGUUUGAAAAAGGGCGAACGACUUCCUUAUUCAAAGAGACUCGGAAGAACUCCAGAGUCACUGGGGAAUACUCUGUCCGGCACACUAGAAGAUCCUCCGGCUAUCAAACCUUUGAUGCGAUCGUCAACUGAUCCCGGACGAAGCAUUUCGGAUCGCAAUAUAGAAGAUAGACCCAAACCAGUCGCACCGGUUGCCCCAUCAGCCCCAGCAGUAUCGUCACAGCCCUCUAAGAGCACCGCAUUGCCUCCCGGGAGCACAGCGAAUUCAACUUUUGAGUCAAUGUUGGAGCCGCAGGCAGCAAGUUCUUCUCAACGGCAAUGGCAGGCGCGCAUAGGCUCGAAUGGCCGUUCAAGCCCGAAUAUUCCUCCAGCGCAAACAAUACCUCAAAUAAUAGAGACUCCUCCUUCAUCCUCAGACUCGGACCGACAGUUACAAUCUGCAAUCAUCCCUGAGCGAACGUCUUCACACGAUUCAUCUCAGUACAACAAACGACAAGCGCCGCAAAGACAAGCUCCGUCACCACAGACUCUUUCAGAUAUUGCAUCACAUCCAUCACCUUUACCUGGAAAUAGUUCACGCACGGACAGCAUUUCAGUAAUACCAACCCUUGUCGAGGAAAAGAAGUCUGAGAGCAAGAAACACAAAGACAAAAAAGACAGCGAUGGAAACCGAAAGUCGAGUUGGCCUUGGUCUCGCGGAUCGGAUGAUAAGGAGAAGAAAAAGGACUCGGAGGGCAAGAAAAGCAAGAAACAACAACAUAAUAGCGCUGAAAGAGCGUAUGAAAAGCAGGACAAUGCUAGGCUUGACGUACUUCAGAAUUCCAUUGAUAGCGUGCCUCGAGGGCGCGAGAGUUUGGUUUUGGAACGCCCUAUCGAUCAACGAUUGGAAGAGGAGCGAAGAAAAGAAAGCCAACGAAAGUCGUCAGACUCAAAGAAAGACAGGGAAUCAGGGCUGCUGUCGUCGAUAUUUGGCGGCGGCAAGAAGAGAAGCGGAUCAGACCACAAAAAGAGUCUAUCUCGAACAUUAUCUCCCGAACCGACAUACGUACAAUUAAUACCAGACCAGGAUUACCCAUGGACGCGAUUUACGAUUAUGGAAGAGCGAGCUAUUUACCGUAUGGCGCAUAUCAAACUGGCGAAUCCUCGUCGGCCGCUUCAUUCUCAGGUCCUUCUCAGCAAUUUCAUGUAUUCAUAUCUGUCUAAAGUGCAAAAGAUGCACCCACAAAUGUCAAUCCCAACUUCGCCAGCCCAGAGAGCCCAGCAACAGCAACAACAACAACAGCAGCAGCAGCAACAGACGGAUCAACCAGAUGAGUAUGCUCAGUAUCAACGUUACCAAGAGCAAUACUCGGAGCAAACUUAUGAAGAAUACAACUAUAGUUCUGACGAACAUAGUGAUCAAUACGCAUCUGACCGGCAAGGCUAUGAGAAUGGCAACGCAUAUGGAACGAACCAUCAGCAUUACGAUGGAUCUUAUGGGUCUCUGAGCGACGCUGCGCAAUUAGAAAGCGAUGAAGAAAUGUGGUGA